CGCCUUUUACAUUGCAACCGCCUAUCCUAAUCCUGCUAAUGGGGGACGCAGCGGGAAUUUGGUGUACCAGCAGUUGACAGAGCAAUUGGCUGAUGAACCGGAAUUUAUAUACUGGGCAAAAAGGCACACAUGGCAAUCCUGGCGCGAGCGCUACAGAAUGAAUCGUGUUCGUUUUGAUCCUAUGAUUGCCGAAUAUGCGGCGCAGCUCAAAAGCGUGGGCCAUGGGUUCGGUCACGAUCCACGCUCGCGUCUCUAUAGGAGAGAGGAGGAGGAGGAGGAGGAGAGCGAUGAGGAAGUGGAACAACAUGCAGAGGGUGGCGCAGGACCUGAUAACUUGGCCAACAGGGUGUGCAGCAGCGUUCCACAAGUCUCUCGCAACCAGGUUCAAGACAGCGACAUGCCCGAUCAUGAACCUGGCCUUGCACAGCCUCAAUUGCGUAGGCGGCGUCGCGAUGAUUCUGAUACGUCUCAGCGUGCAAGUUCCCGAGAGGAGUCGCCUCAAAAGCGACAGCGUGUGGCCAGUCCAGCUACACCAUCAGGACCUCGCACCUCCGUUAUGGAGAAAGGACGACGGGGAGAUGGUCAUGGCGGUCCUGGCCGAAUGUCAAAUGAGAACAAUGGACUAUCACCGGAAGAGAGACAUCACGAGCCUCUCGCGCGGGGGGCGCUCGAUGGCGCGAUUAGUUUUGACAAUAAUCAAAUGCCCGAGUAAAUUCGACGCGUUACCAGUGCCGCGAUCACCUGAGCAUGGCGUUCCAGCAACUCAGUCUGAUGAACCAUUGACUACGCAGCAAACCCUAGUCAAUUCACCCACCGACAUACGAUCCAGACAGGUUCCAAGUGCUCGAGUUACCACUGUGGUUCAAACGGCGUCGACGAGCUCACAGGCUAUUUCAAUUGCACAGCCCCUGCGAGCUGCACGAAGGCCACCUUCACACCGUGGACGAGUCCAGCGAGAACAGAAGCCUGCUGCCGGCACUGAAAUUCAUUCACGGAUUAAACGGACGUCGAGCAAAUCUCGCAGUAAUCAACCUGCUGUGACCGCUUCUGACGCACCGUAUCGCCACACUCGGGCGAGAUCGCAGUCAAUUGACUUGCCUUCACAACCUGCACCAGCAUCGAAGCGCCAGAGAGUGGUCUCGGCGAAGGGGAAAGGGAAAAUGAAAGAACCGGAGCUGGAGGAGGUUCUUGAAGAUGAUUCCGAACGGAAUGCAAGUCAAGGACCACAUACUCCAAAUCGCUGUCUGGAGGCCGACACAUUCCAAGAGCAGCAGGAUGUGGAAGACCACCUUCUGAAGGGAGGGAGUAGUCUCAUCGAUAGUGAACAAUCUGACAGUGAGGCUUCUCACGAACAACAAGAAUUUACAGUGGACUCCUCAUCUGAAGAUCCUUCCGACUCUGAUGAUGCAGCCACGCAUGAGAAUCUCGAGCGUAGUGGACAGCGGCUUACUAGGAUGGCAGCAGCUGGUUUCCGCAGUCGUCUUCCGAAUACCUCAGUGUUGUUAGCCUCGAACAAGGCCCGAGUAACCACAAGAUCAUCUGCAAUUCGAAUCACACGCCACGCGGCCCAAGCUCCUCCCUUCCCUUCUCCAGGCACCACCAAGACGAUUAAGAGGAGAGGGAAUUAACCUUAGUCAUUAAUCAACCCUGUCCAUAAAUCACUUAGAAUCAUUAAGCCUAAUCAAUUGAUACCAUGUGCGCACGGACCAUCCGGAGUUACUGGAUCCGGA